GUACCUUCUCACUGUAAUGCAGAGUAUGUGAUGGCCGCGGAACAGGUUGAAGCGCAGCCUCGAAGGAGCGCAGAAUUUGUGGAAAGCUCAAUACUUGAAGCUGUUGUGCCGGCAGAUACCUCAUUUGACGUCCAACAGAAACUGGACGCAUGGGACGGCAACACUGCAGAUGAUCAUAGUUCCAUUGCACCUUUUGUAACUGAGCGGCAAUUUAUCAUUUUUGAUGAGCGUGUGCCGGUAUAUGUUGUCUUCCGGACGCCUUCAAUAGAUAAUGAUACAUUGAGAGCAUAUCUCAGCCGACUAGCUAUUACUUUGGAUGUCUUUGCUUUCAGUACUGCACCACCCCCUGAACCGGAAGCAAAACCACCGCCACCGAAGGAACUGAUAUACUCCGAGACUAUCAAGGACUCCAAGGAACCUCUAAUCCUCCGUCCCGAGGUCAACAGUCAAUAUGUCUAUGUCAUAUGGCGAUUGGAAGUGUUCAUAAGCCGACCUCAUGGGCGAUUUUACAAACCAGCAAUAUAUUUCCAGCCAACAGCAAACUUGAAGCCACCUCCAAGGACUGAGCGACCUGGUUCAAAUGAUGAGUACCUUCCAAGCAAGGUUCCUACUGCACUGAACUUGCUUCAGGCCUUCGAAAGUGAUCCUGCUUUGGCCGGUGCCCAUCCACGAUUGUCGGCACUCAGAAUUAACAAGAUUGCACCUAGUGCACCCGUAGUCAGAGAGCUUAUUCGCCCAAUCAAGACGGGCCAACGGCGGUUGUUCCGAACAGUUCCUGCACUUAUAUGGCGCAUCCGAUACUCCAAGAAGCAUACUUCCCUCAGUGAUGCGUCUCUCAUCGCCAGCCUGGAUCUCGAGAUUGCACAUGUUACUGGAUGUAAAGUGCAAAUUGAAAGCAUCGAAUUAUCAUUGAAGGGAGGAAGAACCACGGCUAUUGCUAAUCACCAGGGCCAACAGCUGGUUCACCAACCUGGCGAUCAAAUUACUUAUCUAUACGAGCUAGAACCCGAGCUUAACGGAGAAGGCGGCCUACUAUAUGGUCCAGAAGGGCAUAUAUUGUCACUCACGAUCAAGGCCAAUGCAUUAGUGUCCGACACUACAGUUCCGGUGCUGUCAAUUGAGUGGAGGACCCCAGUAGACUUCGCUGGCGAACAGAAUCAGAACUUCAUGAAAGCUGCUCACAGAGCCAGCAAUCCGAUUGCUCAAGCACCACAGAAACACUUGGGGCCUGACUCGUUUGCGCCGCAAGAGGAAGAUGCGCCGCCUGCAAAAGACGCACAGAAGCAGCCCAUCAACGUCACUGUAACAGUAACAGGACCGCCACAAGUUCGCGUCGCGGAGUUUUUCCAUUGGAAUAUUUUCAUCGUGAAUCGAUCCGAUAAGGUACGCAAGCUGGCUGUUCUUGUCUUGCCCAAGCGGAAGAGGGAUUUCGACAAACACAAAUCCAACCCCUCGACCUCGUCAAUCGCAAGUUACCGAAGAGACAGCAAAGAGCUUCUUGCCUCUGCUGUCGUAGACGAGAAUAUCAUCUAUGCGAGGCAGAAGAGUGCACGAUCCGAAUCGGCAGACCUCCUCUGCUUGACCACCGAUGUGCGGAUAGGUCACCUUGCCCCCGGCGCAUGCUACACGGUAGAUUUGAAGUUCCUCGCGCUUUGUUCCGGGGUUUUUGGAGUCGAGUCUGUGAGGAUUAUCGAUCUAGCAACACAAGAAACUGCCGAUAUUCGUGAUCUGCCCAGUAUAGUUGCCACCGAGACACUGGACGAGGCGGCAAGCAACUAAGCAUAAGUGUGAUGAUAGAGAACGAGCCCACUAAGAUCGAGUAAACGCAUUGUAUGGAAAAAUGGAAAGCGAUCUCGGAUCUUUUUAUAUCAGUCUCGGAGGUUUCAUUUUGCUAGCGUACGCGAGAUCAGUUUCAGACGAAACGAUCUGUCGUGAGAUAAUUC